CCAAACCAAAGCAAACUAGGGGUACCAAAAACUCUGGUCUCCUUCCUCUGGUUUCAGCUUCGUGGUCUGCUCGCCUACCGAACCUUCAAUGGAUUUGACACCCCAGCAGCUUAGCCAAUUCAACGGCACCGACCCAUCAAAGCCCAUCUACGUUGCAGUGAAAGGCGUUAUCUACGACGUCACCGCUGGCAAAUCCUUCUACGGUCCUGGCGGCGCCUACGCCCUGUUCGCAGGCAAAGACGCCAGCAGAGCACUUGGAAAGAUGAGCAAGAACGAAGAAGAUGUCUGCCCCAAUAUCGAUGGCCUCUCCGAUAAGGAGAUCGAUGUCCUUAACGAUUGGGUCAAGAAAUUCGAAGCUAAGUACCCCGUUGUUGGCCGCGUUGUUGUCUCUUGAAUUUGCGGCCUCUCGUUUCAAAUCACUUUUAGCUAUGGGAAUCUAUCUGUUACUUUUAUGUGCUUAAUGUGUUUCUGUCGAUUUCUUAGCUUAUGGGAAUCUUACUAUCUGCUACUUUACCUUGUACUUGGUGUUUGACUAAUUCAGAAUGUUUCAAAGUUAAAUACUAAUAUAUGUUAAAAGCUGUUUGAUUGUGUU